AUGAAUCUAACCCGAAAAAGCCGCCAAGUGAUCGCCCUGGACACGUUCGGGCCUGGCAACCGCCGCAACGCCCCAGGCUCUGUGCCACCACACCUACUUCGGGUCUUGGACCCAUACGCAAAAGCAAAUCACACGGUUGCUGGUUCCCAGCGUCGAGAUGAUCAAGAGGAAGGGUCGUCUCAGGGUCUCCAGCCAACCAGAAAGAAAAACAUCAAGACAAAAGGUCAAAACGACACAAAGACCGAAGUCCAGGCCCGCCAGAUCAUCCAAGAAGUGUUGAAGAGCUUUCAAGAUGCAGAAGAACAACGAAACGCGUUUGAGAAACAAUUUGAAGAAAAGGAAGCUCAACGGAAAGCCAUUAUGCGAGAUCUAUCCCUAAUCCAAUCUCAACGCGAGAGUCAGUACAACCUACUCAAGCUAGACUCAUGGGCAGAGAGUUCCUCGCUGCGAUGGGGUACCGUUGAAGAUCUUGAAAAGCUCGACAUCGAACAAGAGCGGCACAGGGCUGAGGUGUACAGACUCAGAGGUGAGAUUUCGACAGCUGAAGUGAAUAUUGUUUCCGUGAAGGAAAAGCUGAAGUAUAACGUAUCUGGAACAUGGUCGAAAAUGCGAACGCAACUGGGCAAACAUGGAGAUUGGCCUUGGGGUGUUCUUGAAAGGUUUAAAAAGGAUUGCUCUGAUGACGACAUGGAAUUGGUUGUGCGUCUAAUUAACAUGGCCUGUCUCGAGAGAUAA